AUGUCGCCAACUAGAAAAGAUGCUUCUUAUCAAGACAAAAAUAAAGAAGAAAAUGUUGAAAAGGAGAGUACUUUGAAACGAUUCACAAAAUCAACAGCGAGAAGGAUAUUUCAAAAAGAGAGCCCUAAACCAAACGAAAAAAGAGUUACUGAAGAAAAAGAAUCAUCAAAGAAUGUACCUGAACAAAAAAGUUCUCAGAGGAGAAGAAAGAGAAAAGCUGUUUCUUUAACAAGAAAGAAAAAACUUGAUCAAAAUCAAGAUUCUGAGUGCUCACCUGGAUCUUUGUUAUCUGUUAUACAAGGAUUCAGUGAUGUUCAAAAGGAUUGUGUUAGAAAGAUGGGUUUUGGCGAUAUUCUAAAGAUGAAAAUGAUAGAUGUGCCAGGGGCAUUAAGUUGUUUUGUUCUUCAGAAGUUUAAUUCAAAAACAAAGAAAAUUGUUAUGGAAGGAGGUGUGAUUGAUGUUACUAGAGAGUCAGUCAAUCAAAUACUUGGAUUUCCAUUAGGAAAGACAAAAUUUUCAAGUCUCCCAUUUAGAAUUGCAGAUGAUAACAGUUAUGAGAAAUGGACAGAACGAUUUGAUAACAAGAGCAUUAUUCGACUGAAGGAGAUAAAGAUGAAAAUUGUUUCGAGCAACAAAUCAGAUAUGAACUUUAAGCUGAAUUUUUUAGCAUUGUUGAUUAACUCUUUGAUUGAAACAAGUUCAUCUGGCAAGCAAACAUCUACCCAAUUCGAUACAUAA